AUGAGCCUCAACGAGUUUGCGGAAGCUCAAAAGACACACUACACAGUAUGCCCUAAAGUCAAAAGAAGGAGAAUAUCAUGUGAGAAAGGGAUUGAUCCUUUCGUGAAAUUGCUGGCAGGCAAAGAAUCCAUGCAGAUGGUUAACAAGCGAUGGGUUCUUUAUCAUCAGCUUCAUUCCCAGUUCCAUGCGCAGGUUGAAGAAAUUGUUCACAGAGUCAGUAUAGACAUGUACCGAGAGAUUUCAAGCGUGCUUUCCAAGGACACAAGCAAACGAACGUCACCCUCAUUCAACUGCCUCUUUCUACUUGGCUCGGAUAGUACAACAACAAUAGAACUGCAUGAGCAAAAUUCUAAAACGAUGCAGGCCAUCAUAGACCUAACUCCAAAAGAGUCCCCUAACGUUAGGAUGAUGUUGAGAAGGUCAAUGUUUAAGCUCCUGAGCGCAACGGAAGCCCCCCUGCGAGUUAAAACUGAUGAGAAAGAAAGCUUUGCCCCUGAAGGAGAUAUGGGUGAGCUGCCACGAACAUCCCCACUCGGAAUCUCAUAUGAUCUCUCCCUCGUUCAAAAUUUUCGGAAGCUUUUUGGCAAGAGGCUGAAACUUAUAUUUAACUUCAAAGAUGUUGAUUCAUUCAAUUCCCAAGUUCUUGAUGAUUUCAUAAUCCUACUAAAGUCUGCUUUGAAUUACAAAGAUGUUGAAAUAUGCCUUGUUCUGAACAUAAACACAAAUCUAUCGAACAUUCAAAAAAAUUUGCGGCAAUCAACCAUUCGUCUCUUGAAAAAAGACUUCACAGUCAUUGACCUCUCUCAUAACAAGGGCCACAAAUAUGCAAACCAGACCUUUCAGAGCUUUCUGAACACUGUUGAUGGGAAGCUAAACUUAUCCGCGGAGUUCAUCAAGUUUAUUCUCGAUAAAAUGUCCAACAAUGCUACACAUAAUCUCCAGCUGCUAAUAAAAAUCCUGGACUAUUCUCUUAUGUCUUAUUUCUUCCAAAAUCCGUUUUCUGUUUUCAUUGAUCCAACGAAUGUUGUGAACUUUGACGAAAACUACUUACCUCCGCUCCUGAAAUGUCCUACAUUCAUGACUUUUGUUGAAGGUAUGGUACACGCGCAUGCACCCUCUGAGGAGAUAAUGGCAUUACUAGAUAACAAAAACUCAACUCUGGAGGAGUUUUUUACCGAGUUUCUUGUACGAGAAAAUCCCAUCAAUGACCAUUUGAAGUUGGUUGUCGAUGUUCUCGAGAACCAACUAGGAGUCUUCAACUACAACCUGAUAGAUCUUUACUAUCAUAUGCUUACUGGGAAGUUACAUGAAUUUUUACAGAGAUGGCCUGAAUGUCAACAGUUCGAGGAUAUUUUGAAGUUCGAGCCUGUGGACAUAAUAUUUCAGGAACUUUUCACACUGGACAACAGCAAAGAACUUUUUUCUCAAUCCCUAUUUCCAUUUCUUAGAACAAACCUGGAAAACAACCUAAUCAAUUCCGAUAGAAUGCUGCCGCCAGCGAAAAGGCUCCCGGGGAUAAAAGAUCCUUUUGAGGCCGAGUUCAAUAGUAGCGUAGAUCUACCACUUUGCCAAUUAUUCAGUCUCUACAGAGAAGCUAGUUCGAUCAUAAACCUCUAUGAUUUUUUCUUGGCUUUCAAGGAAACCCUACCCAGAUCCGAAAUAGCGAACUUUGUAAAUUACAGCGUGGAAAACAAGGAAUCCGACCUGCGUCAUGAGGAUAGGGAGAAGUUAUCGAUCUUGCUAAAAGAAAAAGGCCUCGACAAUUUGUUGGACAAGAUGAUGUUGGUCUGGUUCGUGCAGUCGAUAUCCGAAUUUCAGCACAUGGGUCUAUUAAAAACCCAAAGCAACAAAUCUUACGAAGUCGUUGAAAAAUGUAUAUGGAGGGGGCUUUAA